UACCAAAUUUUGUGUCGCCUUUAUCUUUCCUGUGGCUUUUUGAGUAGAAACCCUGGUCUACAGAGUGAAAGUAGAUUUCUAGGGGAAAGAGAAUCUGGAGCAGAAAAGGACGCUGAUUGUGAAGAGGCUCGGCGGAAGGAAGUGCCGCUGCUGCUCACUGCUGCUGGCGGAGGACUGGACGCUGUCAGGCCGAACAAACGCACCGAUCUGACGGAGAGAAAUUGCUGCAGCAUCUUUUGUUUUCUGACUCUGAAGCUGAGAUGUGACUCCCUCUGACAACCUGCAGCACCUAGAGGCUAAAUACACAGGCAGCAUUAAAGCAAAGGGUUUAAGAGAACCAAUGAGCAGAGCCAAAGCAAAGCCUCCAAACUGGUAAAUAUUGUUUGCAAGAUGCUUAUCAGGCUGAAGGGAGAGCUGGACUCAGUGGAGAGGCAUGACCCCACCCUCUGUCAACCACCCCGCACCUAUUGCCACCACGGCCGGCCACCCCAAUCGCCUUGUUGCCAUGCCGACAGAGACAUUGGCUCCUCCCCUGCCAGGUAGCAAGUCUGCUGGCCCCACCACGCCCUUCAGUUCCACUGUACCUCUUCGCAUCCUCAACAAGGGCCCUGAGUACUUCAGAAGGCAGGCGGAACCAAACCCAAACCGCCUGAGUGCAGUUGAGAGACUAGAAGCAGACAAAGCAAAGUAUGUCAAGAGUCAGGAGGUCAUCAACGCCAAGCAAGAACCAGUCAAACCGCCUGUCCUGGCCAAGCCCACCGUUGACCCUUCCAUCCUGUCAAAGAAAAGCCCUGGGAUUGGUGGAGGAGGGAACGGAGCCGGGAUCCCUUUCAAAGCGUCCAAUAACAACGCAAAGUCAGACACAUGUGCGUCCAGCUGUGGCAGCGGCAAACGGGAGAAUUUAAAUCUGGAGAUCUUAAAAAAUCUGCUGAACUCAUCAUCAUCCUCAGCAGCAGGUUCUGAAGGACUGUCAGGUGGAGCUAAAAGUGCUGUUCUUAUGAGGUCAUCAGUCAGAAUGGCCCGAAGCUGGACACCGUUGGGGAUGCCACUAACAUACAGAUCUACCAUGACCCUUAAUGAGCAACCUUCAGACUCAGCUCCCAGUCCAAGCACCUCACAUUCUCUCAGAUCCUUCUCUCACUCCUUAAAGGUCCCCCCAGUGGCCAGCGGGGGGCAUCGCACUCCACAACAAGCAGGAAACCUGAACCUUAGCAGACGAGUCCAAGAUGAAAGAGGAUGUGAAUGUGAAGGAGGAGUUGUCCAGCGUUCUCAUUCCCCACUGCCACCUCUCCUGACCUCCCACUCAUCAUCUGACCUCCUGCGACUGUGCAACGGUAAACCGCUGCGCACCACUCAGUCUAGCAGCUCUUCAGCUCCACCCCUCCCUCCCAAACCAAAGCCCACCUCUCUCCCUCCUGCACUAUCCUUGUCACUGCCACGUGCGCGUCCACCAAUGUCCCCUACGCCCUGCGACAACACAACUCCACAGUCGUUGCACUGUGACUUUGGAGACCCUGCUAGUGCAUCAGCUGAGUUGAACAUUGAUCUGGAGCAGGGUUCGAACGUGACUCGUCGUUCAUCGCUGCACAGAUCCAAGUCGGACCUGUCGGAUCGGUAUGCCCGGGCCGGAGCGGAUGUGGAACGCUUUUUUAAUUAUUGCGGCCUUGACCCUGAGGAGUUGGAGGCAGUGGGUCCCGAGAACUUUGCACGGGCCAACUCAGACAUUGUCAGCCUGAACUUUCGAUCAGCUUCUAUGAUCUCCUCUGAUUGUGACCAGUCAAGGCGAUCUUCCAAUGACGGAAUAUCAGAAGAGGAUGAGGGGGAUGAGGAGGAGGAGGCCGGUGAGCGCGUCCCCUAUGGCAUCUCAGCUGUGGAGCGAAAUGCAAGGGUUAUUAAAUGGCUGUAUAGCAUUAAACAAGCAAGAGAAACACAAAAGGUUUCCCAUGUUUAGAUUAUGUGAACCAUUCAUGUGGACUGUGGAUAAUCUCUCCUAUGACUCCAAACUUGUAAGGUCGUUUCUAGCCGGUUUUAAAGGCUGAAGAAAAAGAAAAUAAUUUUAGUUUUAAGAAUAAAGAACUGAAGAAGUGGUCUAAGAGUUCAUAUCAGACAAACAAGAGGUAUUAAGAGAAUACUCCAAAAUAUUGAAGAAGGUGAACAAAACCAAACAUGGACAGAUGUAGUGAUAAAGACUCUGUCAUUUUCUGUUUCUCUCAGAAAGCCUGACAGACAUCUCAGUAUAGGACCACAACCAAAAGCAAUGAUGCAGUGAGGUAGAGAAUGGAUCCACUCGGUCAGAAGUGUUCAGCACACUUCAGCCCAUCAUACAUUAGUGUGACUGACAUUCCAACAAAGUGCAGCCCUUUAUUCCCAAUCCGUUUGGCCAGUUUAGCUAUCUGUCAGUGUUCCACACUUAGAAAUGGCCUUCAGUCUGAAACAUCAAACUGGAAACAGCAGAUAUCAGUAUUAAUGGUUGUAUUGGUGCCCGGAGAAGCAGUUGUUAAUUGUACCAAUUAAUUUUUUCCCUAAACAGUAUGUACACCAAAAACUCCUUUAUGUUCCAGUUCCAUGUACAAACAAUGACAUAUUGUGCUGUCCUACAAUUCCACCAGAGGUAUUUGCAUAUGUCCAUCUCUGCUUGACUUAAGUGACUAAGCAUCAUUCGAAUGUGUGAAGAUUUUAUAACUACUUCCCACAGAGUAUUUUUCUUACCAAAACCUGUGAAUGAAGUAAGACAUAGAAGCUCUAUGUCUUACUUCACUCUUCACUCUAAAUAUAGAAUGAUGUGGUCUUCUUCAGUUGAGUAACACUAAGAAAGCGACUUCAGACAGAAAAUUCUCUGUGUACCCUGCUUCCCACCAGUGAUGCUAACUUGCAACAUCUGUAUGAAAUCCGAGAGUUUCCAUUAAAAAACAGGCGAGAGCUA